CGGCUUCCGAAUCCCGCGGCUUAUCAUUUAAGCGAAAGCAUCGCCGGUCUUCGCCCCGGUGUUGAAACGACUUUCUCCGACUUCAGGAACACUCUGAACUCUUGUCCAACGUCUUACACGAAUCUAUUUACAUAAGUUGACAGUUCAGGUCACGGCCAUUUUGGUCUCAUCACAUCGGUUCAAUCAGUCGGAUCAUUACCUACCGCCACAAUGUCUCCUCAAUCCCUCAAGAUCGCAGUCAUCCCUGGCGACGGCAUCGGCGUCGAGGUCAUGCCAUGGGGUGUCAAGAGUCUCGAAGCCGUCGCCAAGAUCUUCGGACUUACACUGAAGUUUGAAUGGUUCGACUUUGCCAGCUGCGCAUACUACCAUAAACAUGGGCAGAUGAUGCCUUCUGACUGGAAGGAGAAGCUUCUCAAGUUUGACGCAAUCUACUUCGGCGCUGUGGGCAUGCCAGACCAAGUUCCCGACGAUGUCUCUCUCUGGGGGAGCUUGCUUAAGUUCCGCCGCGAGUUUGACCAAUACAUCAACCUGCGUCCCUGUCGUCUGAUGCCCGGCGUCACCUCUCCUUUGGCCAAUCGGAAGCCAGGCGAUAUCGACUUCUGGAUUGUUCGUGAGAACACCGAGGGCGAGUACAGCAGUAUUGGCGGCAAAAUGUUUGAGGGAACCGACCGGGAGACUGUUAUCCAAGAAACCGUCAUGACUAGGGUUGGUGUUGACAGAGUUCUUCGUUAUGCAUUCGAUCUCGCUCAAAGCCGUCCUCGCAAGCGUCUCACAAGUGCUACCAAGAGCAAUGGCAUCAGCAUAUCCAUGCCUUAUUGGGACUCUCGCGUGGUAGAGAUGGCGAAGAACUACGAAGAUGUCAAGGUUGACAAGUACCACAUCGAUAUCCUUACUGCCCACUUUGUACAACGCCCAGACAUCUUUGACGUUGUCGUUGGAAGUAAUUUGUUCGGCGACAUUCUUUCGGAUUUGGGACCUGCUUGCACAGGUACUAUUGCCAUUGCUCCUUCAGCAAACAUCAACCCAGAUGGCAAGUUUCCUAGCUUGUUCGAGCCGGUACAUGGCAGCGCACCCGACAUCGCCGGGAAAAGCGUUGCCAAUCCUGUUGGCAUGAUCUGGGCUGGUCAGAUGCUGCUCCAACACUUUGGCUUUACGGAUGCUGCAAACUUGGUGCUCAGGGCCAUUGAGAAUGUGCUGGGACGUGCAGAAGCCGCGGUUUUGACACCAGAUAUGAAGGGCUCAGGCAGCACGACUGCGUUUGGAGCAGCAAUUGCGGCGGAAAUCGUGGCACUGGGGGAGAGAAAGUAAGCCGAGCGCGCUGUUUUCGUUAUGUCGUGGGGACAGAAACAUUUACGGGUAACUGGAGUCUAAAGAAGACAUGUCUUGAAGUCGAGUAAUUAAAAAUGUUCGGCUUGGACAACUAGGUCAAGAUCAAUAAGGAAAAUGAAAGAUUGCACUUGAAGCUCAAGUCAAAGUAGCGGAACAUUGAGAGUUACAAGUAACGAUCUUCUGCAACUUUCAAUAUACAUGUGUUUCGGGC